AUGGAUUUAUCCACGAAAACUGCUUCUGAGAAGCCCUGGCCGUAUUCCUCUGGCUAUGAUAACUGCCCCGAGGUCCUCGAGCCCACACCCUUGACUGUCAAGGGGACCAUCCCACCUUGGCUCGAGGGUGCGCUCUACCGAUCUGGCCCUGGUGCGUACGAUCUCAAGUCAGAGUCUGGAAAGGAUAUUCACAUCCAGCAUUGGUUCGAUGGACUUGCUCAGAUCCACAGAUAUGAGAUCCAGCGAGGUGGUCGAGUCUCCUAUCGGUCCCGCAAUACCUCCAAUGAUCUUCGCAAGCGGUAUGAAAAGGCGGAAUCCGUCACAGACGUCACCUUCUGUCAGCGUGACCCCUGCAAGACCAUCUUUCAAAAGUUCUUCACGACUUUCAAGAUCGCAACUGUGGGCAAUCCUCCCAUGGGCGGAACCGGUACCAAUGUGGGAGUAAUCCCUACAUUCAACUUCCCUGGACUUAUGGAGACCGGUCCUACCAAGACAGGAAAGACGAACCCGAACGCGCGUAACAUGGUCAUGAACACCGACGGUAAUGUCCUCCAGGAGCUCGACCCCGUUACCCUGGAACCCAUUCGACUCUUCACCUACGGUGAUAUCGAUGAUGCCCUCAAGUCCAGCAACAUUGCACCAGCGCAUCCAUGUAUCGAUCCCGACACGAAUGAACACUUCACGAUUUUGCAGACGUUCGGUCCCACAGCCGUGUACAAGGUCAUCCGUAUCAGACAGUCUCCCAUGGGCCCCACACGCGAGCCAGACCUGGAUGUCCUGGCCGAGAUCAAGUCUCCUCGAGCAUCCUAUCUGCAUAGUUUCUGUAUGACCAAGCGUUAUGUGGUUAUGGCGCACUGGCAAUGUGACUUUGCAGCCUAUGGACUGAGCGUGCUUUGGUAUGGGAAUGCGUGGGAAUCAUUCAAGGCUCAUGACCCAAAUGUCAAGUCGUCCUUCUAUGUGAUCGACCGUCUUAUUGGUCGACAUGUCGCUACGUUCGAGUGCGACCCUUAUUAUGCCUUCCACACCAUCAACGGAUUCGACGAAGGCGACGAUAUUGUUUUGGAUAUUGCCGCAUACAAGGACCACACCGUCAUUGGCGACUACUACAUCGAUAACUUGAGGGACGAGGUCAAUGGUAAACCUCCACAGCAAGCGACCUUGCGCCGUUAUCGCCUGAAGAACGUCUCGAAACAGGCCUCGCUCGCCGCAGCCACGAGGGGAGUGCCGCCCAAGCCCGUGCCCGCAGAGAUCGACUUCCAACUCAAGCCUGAAAUCAAUUUUGAGCUGCCCGCCAUCAACCCGAGCCGGUACCUGCGAAACUACCGCUAUAUCUAUGGUGUCAACCGCUCCGGUGAGCGGAAAACUCUUAUUUACGACCGAAUCAUCAAGGUUGAUCUCGACAAGCUCAAGCAAGGCGAUCAGGAAACGUGCGCUAAAUUCUGGAUGGAAGACCAGUGCACGCCCUCUGAACCCGUCUUUGUGCCAACCCCCAAUGCCACUGAUGAGGACGAUGGCGUUCUGUUGUCAAUUGUGCUGGAUGGAAGUCGCCGUACGGGAUUCAUGCUCAUUCUGGACGCCAGGACCUUGGAAGAGAUCGCGAGAGCAGACAUGCCCGAGGGAAGGGUCGCGCCCCACAACUUCCAUGGCGUGUACGUCCCUAACAUGACAACCUAA